AUGGCGGACGGGAAGGUGGGAGAGGAGAAGCCUGAGAAGCCUCAGGGAGCCGGAGCUGCCCUAGGACCUGAAGAAGGAGCAGAAAAACCAGUGAAAACUAAGACUGUUUCUUCCAGUAAUGGAGGGGAAAGUUCCAGUCGCAGCACUGAAAAGCGAUCAGCUGAAGACAAAGCUGCAGACAUCCCAACAAAGCCUAGAAAGAUGUCCAAGUUUGGAUUUGCCAUAGGUAGUCAGACGGCAAGGAAAGCAUCCGCCAUCUCCAUUAGACUCGGAGCAAGUCCUAAGGAAACAGUUCCAACUCUUGCUCCAAAAACUCUUUCGGUAGCAGCAGGUUUCAAUGGAGAUGAAGAUAGUGAGCCAGAAGAAAUGCCUCCAGAACCAAAGAUGAGCAUGAAGAAUAUUGGAAGGGACACACCAACAUCAGCCGGACCAAACUCAUUUAAUAAAGGAAAGCAUGGCUUUUCUGAUAGCCAGAAGCUGUGGGAGCAAAAUAUAAAAUCUCAUCUUGGAAACGUCCAUGACCAAGACAAUUAA